AUGAUAUGUAUAUUUCCUGGUCUAGUAUCUUCAAUAAACGAGCCUUAUAUAAUUAAUAUUUUAGCCAAAUGCUAUAAACAUGGGUAUGAAGUGUGUCUUUUAAAUGAUAGACUUUAUACUAAUAGAGAUAAUGGAAGAGGAGUUUCAUUUCCUAAAAAUAAACCUUUCACAUUUGUAGAUGACUAUAAAAAAAUUCUUGAAAUAAUUAAAGAUUAAUAUUAAGGUUACACUUUUUAUGCAAUUGGUCAUUCCUUUGGUGCUAAUACUUUGGCAAGAUACUUAGGAUUGUAUGCAAAUGAAAACAUCUUUUCAGCUGCCGUUUGUGUAUCAAAUCCUUGGGAUUUCUAUUUGGGAUAAAGGUAUUUAUCUAAAACAAUAGAUUAAUUUCUCCUAAAUAGUCGAAAAAAAAUUCUCAGAUAAUAUAAACAUAUUUUUAAAGAUUAAAAACCUAAUUACACUAAUUAUGAUUAUGACGAGCUGUUAUAAACUAAAAAUUGUAGAGAACUUGAUAACAAGUUUACCUCUAAGUUACUAGGAUAUAGGACAGCUGAUGAGUAUUAUAAAAAUAUAAGCAGCAUUCAUUACAUUGAUUAAAUAAAAAUACCAGUGCUCUUCAUACAAUCUAAGGAUGAUCCUAUAUUAAGUGAAAAUACUCUUCCAAUAGAUGAAGUGAAUAAUAAUAAGAAUUUAAUAAUGAUUGUAACAAAUACAGGUGGGCAUGUAGGAUGGUUUGAAGGUUUAUUUUAACCAAAAAGAUGGUAUCUAAAACCUACUUUAGAAUUUAUAGAUUAUUUAGAGCAAUUAAAUUGA